GGACCAAAAACUAAAGAAAAGCAAAAGCUCGCACUUAACUGAUUAAUCACGCCUCCAUCUCUUGGCUCUCCACACCGCUCACAAUGGCAGCUGCGAUCUUACGCACCCGGAGCCAUCUCUUCUCAUCUGCGCCUCCUCCUUCUCCCAUCGCCACCGCCAAAGGUCUUCGAUCAGCAGCGAUCGACGAUCGGAUCCUCUCCGAAUUCCUCGAGAAAUCCCUCAAAGUCCCUGACCUCACCCUGCCGGAACCUUACCUCGCUUCCCGAAUCCCCCGCCGGAUUCCUGCCGAGAUCAAUCUACCUUCCCUCCUAGACCGUGACGAAGAUUCUGUCCACCGCCUUCUUGAAUCGUCCACGGGUCUCGGAGCAUUCCAGAUUAUCGAACACGGGAUCUCGGCCGAGGAAAUCGGAGAGGUUAUCAACGGAUCGGAUCGGCUGUUACAGGUCCCGAUGCAGAAGAAAUCGGAACUGCAACGACAUUUUGGGCGGCGGAACGAAAUUCGAGAGGAUUUGUUUUGGUUUCGGUCGGAAAAGGAAAUGGAAGAAAAACUCGCAGAAGAAAUCGGGGCCGAAACGUAUCGGACGUUCAGUGAAAAUAUGGGGAAGUUGUUCGUUAAGCUUGAAGCAAUUGCUGAGAAUGUGGGCCGAAUCCUCAUGGAACAUACAAGAAAGCGGUGCCAGAAAAGAAUUGAGGAGAGAGAAUCAGUUCUUUGCAUUCACAAAUACAAUAGCAAUGAUGUUCGAGAUGGGAGUCCAUUGUUGGAUGGACAAAGCGAAAUCGUUGAGGAUCUACCUCAUGCAUUGAUUCUCCAUCUUUCCAAUAGUGACCUUGAAUUCCGUGUCCAGUCACGAAAUCCAUCGUUUUCUUUUAGUGCGACUGCAGGCGCUAUCAUCGUCACCGUAGGAGGACAUCUCCAGGAAUGGAGCCAAGGAGAAUUUAAAAGUGUCAUUGGGGAGCCCAUAUUUGAGCCAAGCAUUGAUGCCAAUCCCUCUUUUUCGAUAGAAUUCGCAUCUUCACCUUCAUCUAUAAAUCACAAGCUCGUUCAUGUGGCAAAGACCCUAUCUUUGAUGGAUCAGAUGUUGAUCACACUCGCUAUUACCAUCCUAUACAUUUGCUUCACAUAUGUCUAUACCAAAUUUACCAAAAUCUAGGUCUAUACAUGUAAUCUAUUUACGAAUGAAUGUAUGCGUGAUUGUUUGUAGAUAAAUUAUACUAGAUUUAUAAUUUCAACAUGCCACUUCAAAUCCGACAAUGGCUAGUUUCCAGCUCUCGACUUGCAGCUUGCUUUGGGGAGAAGUUUUUAUUGAAGACCUUUGUUUGCAGAUACCAUUUUUUUUUUUUUUUAAUUUAUUUUAUUUUAUAAAUAUGUGACGACAUUUGUUAUAUAGUUGUGAAUCAGUACAAGGAAAUGGUUUGUUAUA